AUGAUGAUGAUGAUAAUAAUAAAACCAUAACCAUAAGUUAAUAUAUUCCUCGUAUAACUCUGUUUCUCGAGGAAGCUUUUAGUUUUUAUCCUCCGCCGACUACCACAGGGCACGUAUGAAUGAAUUUUAUCAUUUUUACAUCAGAACGAGGGACUUCAUUUUGAGUAAUGCCUUUUUUUUUUUUUUUAAAUACUCUCAACUCCUGAAGGAGGAAGCACACGUUAUAUUGCCACCUAUUUUUGGUUUUAUUUCAACUUAAAUAACGCAUAUCCUAGGCUUCCAUAUUUUGCGAGGAUUCUGUUACAGGCACUGACAAAACAUGCUUCCCAUUCGAAUAAACGCCUCGUGUAUAUAACUUUGCCACCUCAUUCCCUGCUAAUUCACUCUGUUCUAGUUCCCAAUUCAUCAAAUGGAAAACCUCUGCGUCCUCGUCGUCCCUCUUCUGUUCUUUGGUCUCCUUCUUCACGCAGGAACUGCUACAGCUCUUGGAAACCAAGAUGGAUCAGAGGAAUGGGGAUAUGUUCAAGUCAGACCCAAAGCCCACAUGUUCUGGUGGCUUUACAGAAGUCCCUACAGAGUGGAACAUCCCUCCAAGCCAUGGCCUAUCAUUCUCUGGUUGCAGGGAGGACCUGGUGCUUCAGGGGUUGGGAUUGGGAAUUUUGAGGAGGUUGGACCUUUAGAUACCAAUUUGAAGCCAAGGAACUCCACAUGGCUUCAAAAAGCAGAUCUCUUGUUUGUGGAUAACCCAGUUGGGACAGGGUUCAGCUUUGUGGAACACAAAGACCUCUUCGUGAAAACAGACGAGGAAGCAGCCACUGACCUGACGACAUUGUUAAUUGAGAUAUUUAAUCGAAAUGAGAGCCUCCAAAAGAGUCCCCUGUUCCUCGUGGCAGAGUCAUAUGGUGGAAAAUAUGCGGUCACUCUUGGCUUAUCUAUUCUUAAAGCUAUUGAAGCAAGGAGAUUGAAACUCAAACUUGGAGGUGUGGCAUUAGGGGACAGUUGGAUCUCCCCUGAAGAUUUCGUGUUCUCAUGGGGCCCUCUUCUUAAAGACGUCUCAAGACUUGAUGACAAUGGGCUGCAAAAAUCAAACAGGUACGUCUGUUUCAUCUUCUUGGAUAGUAUUUGUCACUGUGUAAACGGGUAUUUAUAUAUUCGUACGUACGUUCUUACGUACGUAUGUAUUUUUUUUGGGGAGAAAUUUAACGUAGAAAUUUUGAAGAACAGGUUAGCGAGGAAGAUCAAGAAACAAAUUGAGAAGGGAAAAUUUGUUGAAGCAACCAGGUCAUGGAGCGAACUUGAGAAUGUCAUUACCGCAAACAGCAACAAUGUGGACUUCUACAAUUUCCUGCAGGAUUAUCAAAGCAAUUCUCCAGCUUUGUCAGCAACGGCGGAGCUGGGAUCGUACAGAGAAAUAGCACUGAAACGAUACUCAAACUAUCUAACUUCAAAGAAGUCAUCUUCUGGUGGUGGUCUUGGAAGCUUGUUAAAUGGUGUCAUAAAGAAAAAGUUAAAGAUCAUUCCUGAAAAUGUUAGAUGGGUAGGACAGUCCCGUAGGGUUUUCGCAAACCUUCAAGGUGAUUUCAUGAAACCCAGAAUUAAUGAGGUCGAUGAGUUGUUAGCUAAGGGAGUCAAUGUGACUGUGUACAAUGGACAAGUUGAUCUGAUCUGUGCAACAAAGGGAACUGAAGCUUGGCUUAAGAAACUCAAGUGGGAAGGGCUUAAGAGUUUCUUGAAGAAGGAUAGAAUACCUCUCUACUGUAAAAAUGACCAAGGCACGAAAGGCUUUGUGAAGUCAUACAAAAACCUGCACUUUUAUUGGAUUCUUGGAGCUGGUCAUUUUGUACCCACUGAUCAGCCUUGUGUAGCAUUAAACAUGGUGGGUGGGAUUACACAGUCACCAGCAGCUUCUUAACUUGCAAGACAAAGAAACAAUAACAAGCAAUAAGCGUACAAGAAACUGAAUUCUUCAUCAGUACUGUUCAACAGAAAUGAGAGACAACAAGAAAAGUACGUCUACAACAGUACCAUACAACUGCAAAACUAGUCAUCGCCUACAGAAAUGCUAUUUAUUGUUUACAGUCUCAUCUUUUUCGAGCACAUAUAUUCUAUGCUUUUUUACCCUCGAGCAAAAUUUUAUGGUGCUGGUCACCGAUUUUCGAGAGUUGAAUCAGGUUCCGUGAAUAGAUUGAUGGUGGAUUGGGUUUCUCAUUGCCCAGAUUAUAGGCCUAGAAGCUAAU